AUGACGGUCCAAGACGCUGUCGAUGCCUCCGAACACUACGAAAUUUAUAACACCGACGACAUCCCCUCCCUCUACACCAUAAUCAUCGACACCAACCCACGCGCCUGGGCCGCCCUCAACGAUGUCCUCCCCCUCACCAAAGCGCUCGCCAACAUCCUAAUAUUUGUCAACUCCCAUUUAGCCUUCAAUAACUCCAACCAAGUAGCACUGAUAGCAUCACACACCAACCGCGCAGUAUGGCUCUACCCAACAGCACCCGACCAAAACCCCCACGGGCAACGAAAACCGCAAAACCCGAACGACGACAUCGAGAUGCGCGACGCUUCCUUUACCACAAAUAAACAACAACCACCACCGCCCGCGAACAAAUACCCUCUCUUCGCCCAAAUCGAGCGCUCCCUCCUCUCCUCCCUGCGCUCGCUCAUAACCGCCACAACAACCGAAGACAUCACCUCCACGACUACCACGCAAAUCUCCGGCGCUCUGACCCUCGCCCUCUCGCACAUCAACAAAAACCGCCCUCCUCUUCGCCCCGGCAAGCAACUCCACCGGCCCAACCCCCAAUUCAGCCAGCAAGUCCUCCGUUUCCACAACCUCGGGCGCCGGCCCAGGCGGCGGCAACGGCGCUUCGCUCCCCGGCGUGGGCGGGGGUGGUUUGGCGGGGCUGCACGCGCGCAUCCUGGUGGUCAGCCGGCGCACGCGCGCAUCGCCAUCGACACGCUGGCGCUGCGGGGCAGCGCGACGUUCCUGCAGCAGGCGAGCUACAUCACGCGCGGCACGUUCAUCCGGGCGCAGGAGCCGAGAGGGCUAUUGCAGUACCUGAUGUUUGGUUUCGGCAGCGGGAGUGCGCCGCAGGGGUUGGCGGCUGCAGGCAAUCAACGCUCGCAGCAACAGGCGAAGAAAGAGGAUAAGGCGAAUGAAAAGGCUGCGAAUGCUGCAGCAGCGGCUAAGGGAGGAGGAAAUAAGGGACAGAAGUUCCUCGGGAGCAAUGCCAGCGUGGCGGAUCUGUUGGUUACGCCCAGCGCGGACUCGGUGGAUUUCCGGGCGGCUAUUUGUCUGAGCAUCUUUUGCGAGGUGCCCGAGGGCGCGGAGUGUUUGACGUGCGGGACUAAGUUGGCGUUGGGCAAUUACGGGAGGAGGAUACCGGUGUUGCCUUCGAAGGCUGCUGCUACUGCGGCUGUCGGAGGGGGGCAACAGGCUAAUGGGAAUGGAACGACGGUGUUGAAAUAG